AUGGCCAGGGGCGCCGUGUGGCGGCAGUACUACCAGCGCCAGUUCUUCCUGUCCGGGGCCCCGCUGAGGACGUACCUGCAGGCCUACAACGGCCACCGAGAAGCGCUGGCUGCCAGGGCCCAAACGGCAGCAGCGCAGGAGGAGGAAGGAGAGGAGGAAGACCAAUGGGACUGGGUCCCCCUGCAUGUGGCCUCCAGCGUCGUCAAGGAGUUCUGCUUCCGAGGACGCUUCGCGGAGGCCAUCGAGGCGUACGCGUCGCUGCCGUUGACGGACGCGGUCCGUCGGGAUGUCGUGGCCAUUCUGCAGGACUAUGAGCAGUACCCGUCGCUGCUGUAUCUCUACGAGGUGCAUCGCUCCAUGGGAAGCGGGGUGCAGCCGCUGGACGUCGCGGCGGAGCUUGACGCACUGAAGAAGGUUGGGCGGACAGAGGAGAUGGACACGCGCUUCCAGGAGCUGCCGGCCAAGGAGCAGAGUCGCGCUGACAUCCAGGAGCUUAUGGGCAAUUGA